UCCCGUGACAAAAUUUUCAUGGGAACUUUCAACAGCCAGGAGAGGACUGAUGUUUCCUGCUUCUCUCACUUGAUGGACGCUUAUGGGUAGCAAGAAAAAAAUACACUCACAUUUGGAAGGUUUGGGGUCUUUAGUUUUGUCUAAAACGGAUCAAAAGUUGUGUAUAUUGACAGUGAGUGUUAUUCUGCGAAAUAUCCCCGCUGGAAGUAAGAAAAUAGAUGACCACCGCAUCGAAAUACUGUAAGCACUGACCCAGAAUGGGGAUGAGGCCAGUUGUAUACUUGAAGUAAAACCCAGGGGAACCCAUAAAAAGUUGGACCUCUGACCAUCAAUUUGUGACCUUACACCUCUGAAUGCCAAGACCCUAAGAUGGAGGACCAUUCCAGUUUUCCCAGUGUCAGCAUACCCUGCCACGAUGAGCAGAGGGAAGGGAAGAAAAAACGUUACACAGUAUAUAAAGUUAUAGUUAAUGUUGGACAGCAUGAAUGGUUUGUCUUUAGACGAUAUGCAGAAUUUGACAAACUCUACAACACAUUAAAGAAACAGUUUCCAUCUAUGAACUUGAAAAUUCCUGCCAAAAGGAUAUUUGGGGACAAUUUUGACCCUGAGUUCAUCAAACAAAGACGAGCUGGGCUCCACGAGUUCAUAAAGAGAAUAGUUUCACAUUCACAGCUUUGUAACCAUCCAGAUGUGAGGAGCUUUCUGCUGAUGGACAAAUUGAAACGCUUUUCAGAUGCGUCUGAGGAUGAAGACGACAAAAACAGCUCUACCUCAAGAAACAUUAACCUGGGACCGUCUGGAAAUCCACAUGCAAAACCCACAGACUUUGACUUUUUAAAAGUCAUAGGAAAAGGGAGUUUUGGAAAGGUUUUCCUUGCAAAAAGGAAGCAUGAUGGAAAGUAUUAUGCGGUCAAGGUCUUACAGAAAAAGGUCAUUCUCAACAGAAAAGAGCAAAAACAUAUCAUGGCAGAACGCAACGUACUGCUCAAGAAUGUCAAGCACCCUUUCCUGGUUGGGCUCCAUUAUUCCUUCCAGACGACAGACAAGUUAUACUUCAUCUUGGAUUUCAUCAAUGGUGGAGAACUUUUCUUCCAUCUUCAAAGAGAGCGGACCUUUCCAGAAUCCAGGGCAAGAUUUUACAUUGCUGAAAUGGCCAGUGCACUGGGAUAUCUUCACUCUUUCAACAUUGUAUACAGGGACUUGAAGCCAGAAAACAUUCUUCUUGACAGUGAAGGGCAUAUCGUUUUGACGGACUUUGGAUUGUGCAAAGAAGGCAUUUCCCAGACAGAUACCACCACUACCUUUUGUGGAACACCUGAGUACUUAGCUCCAGAGGUCCUGAGGAAGCAGCCGUAUGAUAACACUGUUGACUGGUGGUGUCUGGGUUCAGUGCUCUAUGAAAUGUUGUUCGGUCUGCCACCUUUCUACAGCAGGGAUACACACGAGAUGUAUGACAACAUCCUCCAUAAACCCCUGGUGAUGCGUGCUGGUGCAUCCAGCACAGCCUGGUCUCUCCUCCAGGGUCUGCUGGAAAAAGACGGCACACACAGACUGGGGUCCAGGGAUGACUUUAAUGAGAUAAAAGCACACAGCUUCUUCUCUUCCAUCAACUGGGAUGACCUUGAACAGAAAAAAAUCCCUCCCCCAUUCACGCCUACAGUGAGCUCUCUCUGCGAUAUCUCAAACUUUGACACAGAAUUCACAGAUGAGAUGGUGCCCAACUCCAUCUGUUGGUCACAAGAUCAUUCCAUUGUCAACGCCAGUGUUAUGGAGGCAGAUGAUGCCUUUGUGGGCUUUUCUUACGCCCCGCCUUCAGAUGACUCUUUCCUCUGAAGUAUCCCUAAUAACCUGUUUACUCGCCUUAACCACCUUAACUUCUUUUGACUAAAGGGAAGAAUUUAUUCAAUGGAUGAAUUUGUUUGAUGAGACCAAAGCAACCAGCUGAGGAAAAAAAUGCACAUAAAACAGAUUUUGGCUGGAACAAAUGGUAUCAGAAAAGAGUUUUUUCUUUUUUUUUUUUUUUUUUUUAACAAUUUGUAUUUAUAUAAAUAUAUAUAUAUACAUAACAGAUUAUAUUUUUAAGAAUUUUGAACAACCACCUUCCAUUAGUGUAAUUUCUGGUGGUUUCUAAAUCAAGCCUUUAGAAAGCCUUAAAUUUGUCCCUUAAGUGAAAUCAAUGUGCAGUUUUCUGGUAAACUUGAACAGUUCAAUGGACACCAUUUGACUGUCAUGGAAAUGUUUGUCCAUGUAAUUACUGUAAAAAAAAAAGACUUAUGUAUCAUUCAUAUUGACUAAGCUGGAAAUAGGGAUUUACUUGAGCGACCGCUGAAUAAAGCAUUUUGGUUUAUAGGUCAUUUAUAUAACAAAAUUGUAUUUACAGUUUGUGUUUGCAGAUACUGAAUUUAUGUAUUUUAUUGUGUUUAUUAGUUUUUGCUCUUCUAUGUCUUAACACAUUUAUUUCUAAUUGCUAAAAUAAGGAAUUCAUGUCGCUUUUAUUUGCCCUGCAUUAAAGUCUAUACUCCGGCACAGAAAUAAAAUGUCAAAGGAAGUAA